GUGUCUCGGCAUCCCGUGUAAGUCUCGACCCGUCUCGCCACCUGGAUUUCAAGUGUACCAUCGUCGUCGCUGAUCUCGGAUGAGAAAAAUAGAUACAGUGAGUACCACCAUACGUGUCAAAUAUUCUUCUGGUCUACUACAAAAUUAUUAAUUACUACACUAGAGAAGUGAUAAAUGAAAAUCGAUCAAGCUGGCGCCAUUCAAGUUACGUUUCUCAAAGAUGUCUAAGUCGCGAAGUGGCGGCAGCAAGGGUAGCCGCAGUAACAGCACAGAAUCAGAAGAUCCCUGCCAGCAGCACUCGAUUAAUUCACCACACUUGCUGACAUCGGAUACACUUGGAACGAACGGCAACAAUUUGGUCGUUAGAAGUGAAUCUACGGUGCCGAGUUCACCUCCGCCUUCUUAUCAGCACGUUCUCGAAGAGACGAGAAUGGAGCAAUCGGCUGAUAAUGAGGAAGAAGAAGAAAUGGACGAGGUAGAAGAAUAUAAAGAAAAAAAUCAACAAGCAUUGAAGAGGGACAAAAAUGCAAUUAGCGGUGAAGGUGGUGGUGGAGGUAGUGGUUGCGGUCCAGGUGGUGGAGGGAGGCAGCCUGCCAAAGAAAUUCUUCACAAAUCAAGUAAAGAAUUUUACAGAGCGGUUGCCAAACAAUGGGGAAUUACUUGUAAAAUGAGCGAUCAUUGCAGAUGUCUUGAUUGUCAG